AUGAAGUUCGACAUCUCACUCCUCUGCUCGGUUGCCGUUGGAGCUCAGGUUGUCCUCGGUACGCCAAUUCGCUCCAGGACACCGUAUAAUGUAAAAGAAACCCAUACGGCUCCUAGCAAAUGGACAAAACUCGGACGAGCGCCUUCUCAGCACAAGCUUCAUCUGAAGAUCGGGUUGAAGCAGAACAAUUUCGAAGAAUUGAGCCGCCAUCUGAACGAAGUCUCCAACCCAGACCAUGGUCGUUACGGUCAACACCUAUCCGUGGAUGAGGUCAACGACUUCGUAAAGCCAACCGAUGAGACUCUUGACCUAACUCACGAGUGGCUACUCAGCAAUGGCGUGAGCGAGAUGAGUUACAGCCCUGCCAAGGACUGGAUUAAUAUCCUCCUCGAUGUGGGCUCAGCGGAGGCUUUGUUGGAUACAGAAUACUCCGUCUACCGGCACGAGGACGGUACGGCUCUUGUCCGGACAUCGAAAUGGUCAUUGCCCAGUCAUUUACAUGAACAUAUUGAUACCAUCCAGCCGACAACAUCAUUCAUGCGAUCCGUCCCCAAAAAGUCGGAUUGGAUCCAAUUUAGCCAGCCGUGGACCCCUCCGGACUAUAAACCCCCAACAAAUGAAACUAUAUCCAAAGUGUGCCAAUUCUUCCCUGUCACGAUUGAAUGCUUUCAAACUCUAUACGCCACAAAAGGGUAUCAGCAAAAGGCUCCAGGUAUUGCAAAGAUAGCGUUCAAUAACUUCCUCAACCAAACUCCAAUCCGCCCUGAUAUAGAGGCCUUCCUCAAGCACUAUCGUCCUGAAGCUGCUGACAGCGCCAACACCUUCAAGUCAAUCGAGAUUGAUAAUGGACCUGCAGCUCAAUCCGAGCCACUGACUCUAGAGCAAGCUGCCGGUGACGAUUUUGUCAGGGAGGCAAAUCUUGAUGCUCAAACCAUUCUUGGGAUGACAUACCCGCAACCAGUUUAUUCCUAUUCGACCGGUGGCAGCCCGCCCUUUAUCCCGGAUCUUAACGCGCCAACUAAUACCAACGAGCCAUACUUAGAAUGGGUCAACUUCGUCAUGGCGCAACAUGAUAUUCCGCAGGUUAUCAGCACUUCAUAUGGCGACGAUGAACAAACUGUUCCUGAAGCAUACGCCCGAAGAGUCUGUCAACAAUUCGCGCGGCUUGGAGCUCGCGGUGUCUCACUUCUAGUCUCUAGUGGUGAUGAUGGAGUUGGAGACGAGGACGGAUCCUCCUGCUACACCAACGAUGGCAAAAAUAAGACCACAUUCUUGCCAUCAUUCCCAGCAAGCUGUCCAUAUGUCACAUCAGUUGGUGCCACACAACAAUUCGAACCAGAGGUUUCAGCCUACCGCGCUCCCGGUCUUGGACCUGAUGGCCUCAAGCACGGAUUUUAUGCUUCUGGCAGUGGGUUCAGCUACUACUUCGACCGGCCAGAUUGGCAGGAUGAUGUUGUUCCUGCCUAUGUUAAGAGCUUGAAGGGAAAGUAUGACGGUCUGUACAACAAAGGUGGCCGUGGUUAUCCUGAUAUUUCCGCCCAGGGUCUCUACUUCGCAUUCGUAUUCAACCUCACAGAGAGCUCCAUCAGUGGAACUAGCGCUUCUUGCCCUCUGAUGUCCAGUGUUGUGUCUCUUGUGAAUGACGCUCUUAUCUCAUCAGGCAAACCCACUAUGGGAUGGUUGAACCCCUGGCUUUAUAAGAAGGGCUACAAAGCCUUUACCGACGUAACAAUCGGAGAUAGCUACGGAUGCGGCACCAAAGGCUUCCCCGUAGCCAAGGGAUGGGAUCCAGUCACUGGGUUUGGCACUCCGAUCUUCCCAGAGAUGGUUAGAUUGGCAAAAGGAGACCAUGAUGGUCAUCAUUAG